GGAGAGAGAGAGAGAGAGAGAGUGACAAGCUCCUAAAACCCUUAUUUUCCAUCCCAGUAUCGAACUUGGAACACAUUCUGGGAAAGCUUCUACACAGUUCGAAAAGCUACACACAUACAAACCCCCAAUCGCUGAGGGACAGUGGUCGGGGAAGAAAUGGCGUUGGCGUUCGAUGAGUUCGGAAGACCCUUUAUCAUCUUGAAGGAGCAGGAGCAGAAGACCAGAUUGAGAGGCCUCGAUGCUCAUAAAGCCAACAUUUCUGCUGGUAAAGCCGUUGCUCGCAUCCUCAAGACAUCCCUUGGCCCAAAAGGCAUGGACAAGAUGCUCUCCAGCCCCGACGGCGACGUCACCAUCACAAAUGAUGGUGCAACAAUUUUGGAGCAGAUGGAUGUUGACAAUCAAAUCGCAAAACUGAUGGUCGACUUAUCCCGAAGUCAGGAUUAUGAAAUUGGUGAUGGGACAACUGGAGUUGUUGUGAUGGCAGGUUCAUUUCUAGAGCAGGCUGAGCGACUAUUAGAACAUGGUAUUCAUCCAAUACGGAUUGCAGAGGGCUUUGAAAUGGCCUCUAGAAUAGCUGUUGAGCACUUGGAGCGUAUCGCUCAGAAGUUUGAAUUUGGUCCAGCAAAUUUAGAGCCUUUGAUUCAAACUUGCAUGACAACUUUAUCAUCAAAGAUUGUGAAUCGGUGCAAGCGUGAUCUGGCUGAGAUUGCUGUUAAAGCAGUUCUUGCUGUGGCAGAUUUAGAGAGAAAGGAUGUGAACUUAGAUUUAAUAAAGGUGGAGGGAAAAGUAGGAGGCAAAUUGGAAGAUACUGAGCUGAUAUAUGGAAUUAUUGUUGACAAGGAUAUGAGCCAUCCACAGAUGCCAAAGCGCAUUGAAGAUGCAAAAAUUGCUAUCUUGACUUGCCCCUUUGAGCCACCCAAGCCAAAGACUAAACAUAAGGUUGAUAUUGAUUCAGUGGAGAAGUUCCAGACCCUAAGGCUGCAAGAACAGAAGUACUUUGAUGAUAUGGUCCAAAAAUGCAAGGAUGUCGGUGCUAGCUUGGUUAUCUGUCAAUGGGGGUUUGAUGAUGAAGCAAACCACUUGUUGAUGCACAGGAACUUGCCUGCUGUCAGAUGGGUUGGUGGUGUAGAGUUAGAACUAAUAGCAAUUGCCACAGGUGGAAGAAUUGUGCCAAGGUUCCAGGAGUUGACUCCUGAGAAGUUGGGAAAGGCUGGUUUGGUUCGGGAAAAAUCAUUUGGUACUACAAAAGAUCGAAUGCUGUAUAUUGAACACUGUGCAAAUUCAAGGGCUGUAACUAUAUUUAUCCGUGGAGGCAACAAAAUGAUUAUAGAGGAGACAAAGCGCAGCAUACAUGAUGCCCUAUGUGUUGCUAGGAAUCUCAUUCGCAACAAUUCCAUUGUGUAUGGUGGUGGCUCGGCUGAGAUAUCAUGUUCUGUUGCUGUGGAGGCAGCUGCAGAUAGAUACCCUGGAGUUGAGCAGUAUGCUAUCAGAGCAUUUGCUGAUGCUUUGGAUUCAAUUCCUAUGGCACUUGCGGAGAAUAGUGGUCUACAACCCAUUGAAACACUGUCUGCUGUGAAAUCUCAGCAAAUCAAGGAGAACAAUCCUUUUUAUGGAAUAGACUGCAACGAUGUUGGAACUAAUGACAUGUGUGAGCAGAACGUCUUCGAGACUCUAAUUGGGAAGCAGCAACAAAUUUUGUUGGCAACACAAGUUGUUAAGAUGAUAUUGAAAAUAGACGAUGUUAUCUCCCCUUCUGAGUACUGAUAUUUUGAGUUUAUGAAUUAGGGUUUUUGCCCAAACCAGAAGGUCUUUAUGUUAGUUUGGUGUUUUGUGUUUUAUUCAGACCAAAGAAAAAAAAAAAGCACGUGGUGUUUCGAGCAACUUUAAGAACAUAUUUCACUUGAUGGAUACCUUGUUGCUCGUAGAUUUUGAAGUUUGAUUACUUUGUUGUAAUGGAUUAUUGACUUGGUUGUUCCUUUUGGGAAAUUUAUGGGCUAAGUAUUUGUUGUUCC